CAUGUAUUCAAGUGGUGGGAGUGUUUACAUCGUGGUUAUCUAUAAUGGAAUCGCUUGUCUCAUACCAUCGGGCGUUUGUGUUGAUAAUCGCCGAAAGCCCGGCCAAUGUUUGGCCCGGACUUAUUGUCCAGUUUUUGUGGCACUUCUUUUCAAUUGGCGCCCGUGUGUUAGCCCUCACGCUAUUUGCCAUUCAAUUCCCGCAAUACCUAAUCAUUGUGUUUGUCGUUCAUUUUGUGGUGAUGUUUGUGCUGGAUCAUUUGUUGAGACCCAACAAGUUUAACAAUCGAUUUGAACGGUUAAGCCAUCAAGCUGCCAAAAUUUUGGUGUCAUAUGUUGUGAGCCCUGUAAAUCAUUUUUUAGACGAAAUGCACCCAAACCUAAGUGCGGACACAAGAAAUGACUGCAAAAAGUGUCGUUUGGAUAAAUGCUUUGCUCUCGGAAUGAAAUGCAAUUUUCAAAGCGAUGAAAAUGAGAUACAAAUAAUUGAAUGCAAAAUAACUGAAAGGCAGAGCAAUACAGGCGAGAAAAUUGAUGGUGAAAGUGAAGAGAGUUAUAAUGAAUAUACAAAUUAUGAUAGUAUUGGCGAUGAGUUUGUCCAACAAAUUGCCACAAAUAUAGUAAUCGGUAAUAAAGAGAGCUAUAAUUCCGCACUCAUCCCGAUAUCCAAACCCCUCACCGAUUAUAACGGCUUAAAACAACUGGAGUUCAGCCGUAUAUCGGAAGCGAUCGGCGCUUCAAAAGCUUUCAUUGAACCGAUUGCUAAAAAUAUAUACAAAACAAGGGAUAAAAUUGAAUUUCUUGCCAUUAAAUCGCAAAUGAAUGAUAAAUUGGCCAAAAAUACCAUCAAAUAUACAAAAGGUUUAAAGGGUUUCGCGGAUCUCAGGCCUGAAGACCAGUACUCGUUGUUUAAUUUGCGGACCAGGGCGGAUUCAUCUACAAUGAUGCUUGAUAAGUUAUUUAAUAAAUUCUUGGACAAUGUAUGUCCUGAAUGGCAAUGGGAUCUAAUUGUAUUGGAUUUGUUAACGGCGAUAAUACUAUUUAACCCAAAUCGACCCAAUUUAAUACAUAGGGAUAUAAUUAGACUCGAACAACAACUAUAUCUACUAUUGAAAUACUCGUCGGAAUCGGAAUCACAAACAAAAUUACAAACAUUUAUGACUUCAUUGAAAGACUUGGAAGCGAUUCAUGACAUCCAGAGAUGGGAGUUAACUAAGGAAUGGGAAUAUGUCAGUCCACUCGUCAAAGAGAUAUUUGAA